AUAUCGGGACAUUUUCACCCAGCAGUUCUUCUCAUUUACAUCUGAAAGAAAAAAAACCCUAAACUGUAGCUUAUUUGAUAGAGAAUUUUGCUCCUUCGACGCCGCUCCCCGCCCUGCCGACGCCACCACCGCUUCAUACGCCACAACUCUCCAAUCUAUCUCUUGUGAAGGUUUUGGAAAGAAGAAAUGUAUAAUGGAAUUGGAUUACAGACCCCGAGAGGGUCAGGGACAAAUGGGUAUAUACAGACCAAUAAAUUCUUUGUGAAGCCAAAGACCGGUAAAGUUGCUCAUGACAUUAGAGGAUUUGAGGGCGAUCAAGGCACUGCUGGAAUUUCCAAGAAACCUAAUAAGGAAAUUCUUGAGCAUGAUCGCAAGCGCCAAAUUGAACUCAAACUUGUUGUGCUCGAAGAUAAGCUAAUUGAGCAAGGUUAUACUGAUGCUGAGAUUCAGGAAAAAGUUGACGAAGCUCGGAAGACUUUGGAAGCUUUUGCUGCUGCUUCUGAGGAAAGCGACGGACCUACUGCUCUUGGGGUUUCUGAAACUAAGCUUUCAGAUACACAAUCCCAUCAAAUCGCUGCUAGGAAGGAGAAACAGAUGGAAACAUUAAGAGCUGCUUUUGGGAUAUCAGUAGCUGAACCUGGUGAAAUAAUUGCUGAUGACAAUGAUGAUGGACUACUUAACCGCGAGAAACGUGAACAUGCUUUUUUGGAUAGAGAUUAUAGCAGGAAGAAGCAUACAGGCGAGGCAAAGUUUGAGAUGGAUGAUAAGAAAAAGAAGAAUAAAGAAAAAAACGAAUUUGAUGAUUCGAAACACUACAAGAAGAGAGAAAGAAGUAAAAGGAAUCAGAAAGAUUUGUCUGAUACUGAAACUGAUACUGAUUCAGAAUACGAUAAGAACAGAGUUUCAAAGAACCAUGAGAAGAGCGGAAGACAUGACAGUGACAGUGAUGAUUCUGCCAGUGAUGAUGAUAUCCAUUUUGACAGUGGGAAGAAAGAGAAAAAGAAUAGAACCAAAAAAUCCAUGAAAAGCAGAAGAUAUGAAAGUGAUACCGAUGAUUCUGAUAAUGACGGUGGCCGUGAUUCUGAUAAUGGAAGGAAGAAAAGGAAGAAUAGAACAGAAAAAUCCAUGAAAAGCAGAAAACACAAUGGCAGUGAUGAUUCUGCUAGAGAUGAUAGCAGUGAUUCUGAUAUUGGGAGGAUGAAGAAGAAUAAAAUUUUGGAGAAAUCCACAAAAAGCAGAAGGUAUGAAAGUGAUAGUUAUGAUGGCAGUGAUUCUGAUGGUGGGAAGAUGAAGAAAAAGAGAACAUUGGAUAGACCUAUUAAAACUAGAAGACAUGACAAUGAUAGCAGCACUGAUUCUGAUGAUGGGAAGAAGAAGAAGAGCAACAUGGGGAGACCUACGAGAAGUAGAAGACAUGAUAGCAAUAGCGAUAGCUCUGAUUCUGAUGAUGGGAAGGUAAAGAAGAGGGAGAAACCCAUGAAAAGUAGAAGGCAUGACAGUGAUAGUGAUGGUUCUGCUAGUGACGGAAGCACUGAUUCUCAUAAUAUGAAGAAGAUUAAAGGAACUUCAGUGAAGUAUGAGGGAAGUAGAAGACGUGGCAAUUCCACUGAUGAUUAUGCGACUCAUGAUGAUGUUGGCAAGGUUACUUCCAGAAAGGAAGCUGAAAAAUACAAGAAGAACCGUGAGACUGAGAGGCAUGCUUCUGGUGCUGAUUCUAAGUCUGAAUUUAAUUCAUCUAAGGACAGAACCUCAGAGGUGAAGCAGCUCAUGAAAAGAUGGCAUGAUUCCGAGGAUGACCGUGAUAUUGAUGGCGAGGUGGAAAGGAGUAGAAGUUUAUACGGGAAGCUUAAAAGUCAGCAGGAAGGAAGUAGCAAGUUGGUAGGAGAUGACUAUACUUUGAUGGACCGCUGGAAGAGCGAGGAUUCAGGUGAGAAAAGCAGCCGGAUUCAGAUCAAAGAUGUUGAACCACAACGUGAAAGUAGGGUUGAUAGGAAUUAUGAAGGACGUGAAAGGCACGCCAAGGAUGAAGCUGAUCGUAAACGAGGGAGGUAUCAAAGAGAUGAUACGGAUAUUGAGUACGGGAGGCGUGGAAAGGAUAAUGAUGAUAAGCAGCAUGGAAAUCAAAGUCGUGCAAGAGCGGAGGAAGAAGAGCGAGGAAGUAGAGGUCGUGAUUCUUGGAAUUACGAAGAUCAUGGAAGGGAGAAGAGGCUUCGCCGCGAUGAAGAGGACCAUAAAGAGAAAAGAUAUCAGAGAGAUGAAGAGCAUGAUGGCAAGUACGGAAGACAUGGCAAGGUUAGUGAAGACCAUGAUGACAAGCACGGAAGACAUGACAAGGUUAGUGAAGAGCAAAGAAAUGGAAGUCGAAGGCGUGGAAGAGGCGAGGAAGAACUUGGGACUAAAAGUCACGAGAAGGACAAACAGAUGGACUAUUCCAAGAAAGCAAGAUAUGCUGAACCUCGGUUAAGUGAGAGCAAAAGAUAUGAGAGUGACAAACAUGAUGAAGGUCGGGCUAGGUACCGAGACUAAGAGUGAUGAAUGAUGGAGAGGAUUGGUAUCAUGGAAAAAGUUGGCUAAGCAGCGAAGAGGCUUGAUGCCAAAGUGAAGGAUCAUAUGUUAAAUUUGCUGGAAGAUUGAUUUCCCAACUCCCUUUUGUUUGCUAUAGAUUUGCUACUUUUGUCUGGUUUGUAUCAGAGCAUAUGGAAGAUGUAGUUGGUAAAACAAAGUAUUAUUUACCUUCAAUUGCAUGUUUGUUGAUUUA